AUGAGGCCGGCAGGACCAGACGAAGUCAGCGAUUUGCUGAAGUGGCGGCCACUCAUGAUUCUCAACAAGACACUCUUAGGACCUGCCUAUGUUGAAAAUGUCGUGUCUUGCUCACCAGCACUUAUCGCCUCCCAAGGAGGCAAAAGACUGCCACUUGAGGUCUGGGACAUGAUUAUCGACUUCUCGAGCCGCUGUCAGGAGAAUCACCGGUUUUCUCUGGUGCGGCCUAAGUUGCUACAGAACGGCGCGCGAGGCGACGAACUUGUCUGCGAGAGGUAUCAACGCUGGUCUCCCUUCGGUAUCAUCCAAAAACACGAGCAUAUCGAAAUGUAUCGGUUCUUCUUGGCGCAUUCUGACAGAUUGUGUCAUCCCACCAUGGAUUCAGUUUGCCCCAACCCCUUCUCCUGGCCACUAUCCCCCAAGUGGUUGCCCUCCGUCUUACCCAGGGCUUUACUCGCAUCAAAAACCAAGGUUCUCCAUGUGGACCUUACGGUUCCAGAUAUCAUUAGGCAUCUCGAGGACGGUUAUUGUAACUGCUGCUCUGGAAAACACGUGGUCGGGUCCGAUUUUGGAGCUGUAGCCCAACAUUCCUGGUUUCAGCCGUUGCUUGAUGUACCUAUGGCACUGCUCUUAACAGCAUUUGUGAUUUGCCCCCUAUGUGUCGGGCCGGAGUAUGGGCGGAAGUGCAUUGAAGUACAGGAAUCUAUGCCUUUGUCUCGGGAUGAGGAUAGGUCAUGGCUGCUUGAUCGACUGGAAAGCUUGGGCUUUAAAAGGCCACGUUGGGAAGAUGUCCCAAAUUCGAUCGAAUCCUAUUCCGGGAGGAGAGUUAGGGUCACUGCCUUGGACAAUCUGAAUAUCGCUAUAUGA